AUGGCGCUUCCACAACCCCCCAGCGCAGCCGACGUGCAACGCGCUCUAAGCGCCUUCGACAAAAUGCCACUUUUCAUGAAGUCUCUUCCUUCCGAGCAAAACGAUUCGGUGUCGGACGAACCGAACGUUGCGUUGGAGGCGCUCCAGAGCUUGGUGUAUGAGGGCACGCCUGACGAGAUAGCCCAGAACUUCAAGGAUCAGGGAAAUGAAUACUUUCGAGGCAGGAGAUGGAGGGAGGCAGCGAGCUUCUAUUCUCAAGGCGUUGACGCGAAGCCCGAGGAUGCGAAGUUGCGUGAAAGCCUGUUGCUGAAUCGUGCAGCGUGCAAUUUGGAGCUCCAGAACUAUCAAAAGGUGCUCGCAGACACCAGCGCUGUCCUCUCCCUCAACACACGGGCAGGAAAGGCCUUCUUUAGAGCCGGUGUCGCGCUUACCAAGCUAUCUCGGUAUGACGAAUCUAUCGAUGCGCUCGAACGGUGUGCUGCGCUUCAACCGGAUGACGCGGGCGUCAAGAAGGCUCGAGCGGAAGCCCGGCGCGGCAAGGAGACCGAGGAACGCAAAGCGCGCGAGAAGCGGGAGAAGGAGGCGUUGCGUCAGGCGGUGGAAAGUGCACUACAAGCGCGCGCAAUCGUCCCCGUAACGACGCAGAGCCCGCCACCUCAGGAAGCCUACCCCUCAUUUGACCCCUCCUCCCUCUCCUCUCCCUCUUCUUCGUCAGAAUCGUUCACCCCUCCUCUUGCGACAACAUCCCUUCUCAUACCGGUGCUACUUCUCUACCCGCUUCAAGCGCAAACGGACUUCCUCACAGGCUUCCCCGAGUCUGCCACUUUCGCCGAGCAAAUCACUCCCGUCCUCGAGCCCACACCUCCGUGGGACACUCAAGGGGAAUACACACCGGGGAGUGUGAGCUUGUACGUGGUGACGAUGAGAGGAAGGGUUCUCAAGCUUGGGUUAGGGAGGAGGCUAGUGGACGUCUGGCCUGCUGCGGCUGGAAGUGCGAAAGGUGCAAAGGCUGGGGAAGCGCAGGCAGAAGGAGGGGAUGGGAUCUUGCUGCGAGAUGGAUGGGUGGAGGUGUACGUCUUACCCAGAGGGGAGCAGGAGAGGAAGUGGGUGGAGGAUACAAAGGCGAAACAGAAGGAAGGAAAGGCAUGA